UCUUCCCAUUUCAUUCAUUCAUUUACAACCCAACUAGCACAACAACACAUCAGAUCAGAUUAUAUAUAAAAGAAAAUGAAGUACUCUAGUGCCUUUCUUGUUCUGUUUGCUUUAGCCUUGUUGUUGGCACCAACAACAAUGGCACAACAGUGCGGGAGUCAAGCCAAUGGGCGUCUGUGCGCCAACGGGCUUUGCUGCAGCCAGUGGGGCUACUGUGGCUCCACUGCAGCCUACUGUGGAGCUGGCUGCCAGAGCCAAUGCAGACCCACUGCUUCUGCCAACGAAUCAACUGCUAAGUCGGAUCCCGCCGCCGGUGAAAUUGAACAAUGCUCGAUUAAACACAAGAGCAAAAUGAAGUACUCUGCUAUGUUUGUUGUUUUGUUUGCUUUAGCCUUGUUGUUGACACCAACAACAAUAAUGGCACAACAGUGUGGGCGUCAAGCCCGUGGGCGUCUGUGCGCCAACGGCCGUUGCUGCAGCCAGUGGGGCUACUGUGGCUCCACUUCAGCCUACUGUGGAGCUGGCUGCCAGAGCCAAUGCAGACCUACUACGGCUUCUGCCGCCGACACCACCAUCACUGCAAACCAAUCAACCGCUAAGUCGGAUCCCGCCGGAGGCAGCUUGUUGUUGACAGCAACAACAAUAAUGGCACAACAGUGUGGGAGUCAAGCCGGUGGGCGUCUGUGUCCCAGCGGAUUUUGCUGCAGCCAGUGGGGCUACUGUGGCACCACUUCAGCCAACAGUGGACCUGGCUGCCAGAGCCAAUGCAGACCUACUACUACUACUACUCCUGCCACCCACACCACCACCACUGCAAACCAAUCAACGGCUAAGUCGGAUCUCGCCGGCGGUGCCAACUGA